AUGGCACCAAAAGGAGAGAAGAAACCUUUAGAGGAGAAGAAGUCUACAGUAGCGGAGAAAGCUCCGGCUGAGAAGAAGCCAAAGGCUGGAAAGAAGCUCCCAAAGGACGGUGGUGCUGCCGCCGGAGACAAGAAGAAGAAGAGAAACAAGAAGAGUGUUGAGACCUACAAGAUCUACAUCUUCAAGGUUUUGAAGCAAGUUCACCCGGACAUUGGUAUCUCAAGCAAGGCCAUGGGAAUCAUGAACAGUUUUAUCAACGACAUCUUCGAGAAGCUUGCUGCUGAAUCUGCCAGACUUGCAAGAUACAACAAGAAGCCGACGAUUACUUCCAGGGAAAUUCAGACCGCCGUCAGGCUUGUUCUGCCCGGUGAAUUGGCCAAGCAUGCCGUUUCUGAGGGUACCAAAGCUGUUACCAAGUUCACAAGUUCCUAA